AUGAGAUCCUCUAUUGCUGCUGUCGUUGCCCUCGCCGCAUUCACCACUCCUCUAAUAUCCGCCAUCCGUCUGGCUCCUCGCUCCGCAGCCCCAAGUGUCCUCAGCCUGCCCAUCGAAAGGAGAGCCCCCAAAGACAUCCUCGCGCACGACCGGUCCCGCCUGAGAAAAAGAGCAGGCACCGUCGAGCAGACGUUAGACAACGAACAGAGUUUGUAUUAUGCGAAUGUCACUCUCGGCACGCCUCAGCAAUCUAUUCAGUUACACAUCGACACAGGCAGUUCGGAUUUGUGGGUGAACACGGCCAAUUCCUCCUUCUGUUCCUCCCGCUCUGGUCCUUGCGAAGGCGGCACCUACGACCCCACCGCUUCCUCCACCUACAAGCUGAUCAACGAAGACUUCAACAUUUCAUAUGUCGACGAUUCAGGCGCCUCCGGAGACUAUGUCGCCGACACCCUCCACUUUGGCGGGGUGGCCUUGACUGACUUCCAAUUUGGCAUCGGCGAGGUCUCCAGCUCCCAAGAGGGCGUCCUGGGCAUUGGCUAUGUCUCCAACGAGGUCCAAGUCAAUCGUGCAGGUCUUGAUUCCUACCCCAACCUGCCCGAAGCCCUGGUCAAUGCCGGCAAGAUCGCCUCCAAUGCCUACAGUCUGUGGCUAAAUGAUUUGGACGCCUCGACGGGUCAGAUUCUCUUCGGCGGUGUCAACACAGCCAAGUACGAAGGGGACCUAGCCACCGUACCCAUCAUUCAGAGCUACGGCGGCUAUUAUGAGCUCCUAGUCGCUUUGACAGGCGUGUCCAUUGCUGGCACCAACCUGUCAUCGUCCAGCGCCCUGCCAGCAGCCGUCCUUCUCGACUCUGGCGCCACACUCACCUACCUCCCCGACGACAUCGCCGAAGAGAUAUACAACCAAGUCUCAGCGGUCUAUUCGUCCAGCGUCGCCGCCGCUUACGCCGACUGCAGUUUGGCCUCGUCCAAUGCCACCCUUGACUUUACUUUCUCGGGCCAAACCAUCAAGGUCCCCUACGACGAGUUGUUUCUCGACGCCGGCACCAAUUCGAACGGGCAACCUUUGACCUUCCAGAACGGCGCCGAAGCCUGUCUCUUCGGCAUCGCCCCCGCCCAAGGAUCGACGCCUGUUCUGGGUGACACGUUCUUGCGUUCCGCGUAUGUCGUCUACGAUCUGGCCAACAACGAAAUCUCUUUGGCCCAAACAGUCUUCAACUCGACUACCGACGAUAUCCAAGAAAUCUCAAAGGGAUCGGACUCUGUUCCCAAUGCCACCCCGGUUGCGAAUCCCGUUACAAACGUUGCAGCCGGCACUGGUGGCGCACGCCUCGGCGGUGCCACAGCCACCGUUACAGGGUUUGCCAACUCUGCGGGCAAUUCGGCACCAUGGGGCAAGGGCACCGCCCACGGCGCAGCGCUAGGAACCGUCCUUGCUGCUCUUGCUGGGGUCGCUGCGGUGCUGUAG